CACCUCCUCUCUCUCUCUCUCUCUCUCUCUCUCUCUCUCUUUAAAGAUGUUGCGAAGCACAGCCCUUUUGCGCCAGCCUCUUCUUGCCCGUGCCACUACUAGCACUACUGCACGAUGCAAGCGUCCAUCGUCAUUAGGGUGCUCAGCAACAAAGGCAGCUCCCUACAGCACAUCGUCACACAAAGUGAACUCUGGUACUCCCAGCUUUGCCGCCAUGCUUGCUGUGGCAUCCAUGGGCUUUGCCGCGUACAGCAUGUUGGUGAAAUCGCGAGAGGGUCAAGCCAUGCCUAGACGACAAGAGGGACCUGUCAAAAAGGAAAAUGAGGUCAAGGCCGAGGCUCAGCAACAACUCGAACAACAACAACAACCGAUCCCAGCCUUUUCUUCUGAUGAGGUCACGGUCGUAUUUGUUCUCGGUGGUCCUGGUGCCGGUAAGGGUACCCAGUGUGACAACCUAAAGAGAGACUUUGGAUUCGUUCAUUUGUCAGCUGGUGACUUGCUGCGUGCUGAACAAAAGCGACCCGGAUCAAAGUAUGGUGAAUUAAUCAACCAUUAUAUUCGUGAGGGCUUAAUCGUCCCCAUGGAAGUUACCAUUGCUUUGUUGGAAAACGCAAUGAAGGAGGCCAUGGAAACUUCCAAAUCGACUCGAUUCCUUAUUGAUGGUUUCCCUCGCAAGAUGGAUCAAGCAGUCAAAUUCGAAGAAGUGGUUGUCCCAUCCAAGGUCGUUCUCUACUUUGAAUGCCCCGAGGAGGUCAUGUUGAAACGCUUGUUGAAGCGUGGUGAGAGCUCGGGUCGUAUUGAUGAUAACAUUGAAUCCAUCAAGAAACGAUUCAAUGUCUUCAAGGAUACCAGCUUCCCUGUCAUUGAAGCCUUUGAAAAGCAAGAUAAGGUUAAAAAGGUUCACUGUGAUCAGCCAGUAGAAGAAGUGUACAAGCAAGUCAAAUCUGUCUUUGAUACCAUGUUUGCUGCUGAUGAAAAGAAAUAGACAGUAUAAAGCAAAAAAAGUAAGAAUACAACAUUUAUAGACACUACACACAUUAUACACACGCGAGCACAUUGCCCGUUAAUUUGUUUUGGUUUUUUUUAAAGUAUUAGUAGUAGUGGUAGUAGUAGUAGUAUACAAGAUGCCUUUUUUUAUCUAUUACUGUUAUAAUGAUUUUAUAAUUAGGAUGCUGGUGAUGAU